AUGGAAAAUGAGAGAAACCUUCAAGUGACUUUCUCCAAGCGCCGAGAAGGGAUUUUAAAAAAAGCAACCGAACCUUGCACCCUAACAGGCGCAGAGGCUAGCGUAGUAGUGUUCUCGCCCGGAGACAAAGCCCAUUCGUUUGGACAUCCAGGUAUAAACUUUGUAUCUGACAAGUUUCUCACGCCAGAGAAUAUUGGUGUAGGGAUAGCAGCCGAGAAAGAGCUGAGAGAAGAGCUGGAGAGGUUUAGAAGGAAGAGUAUGGUACCCCUAGGAGGCAGAAGUAUGGAACGAACUCCAAUUGUUGAAGGAAGCUGUGACCAAAUCGUACCUGAAGAUGAAGCAAUGAUCGACGCGAUAAACGAUCCUGACAGAAAUCUGAACGAUCUGAAUGAUGACGUUUAG